AACACAGAUAUACGAUACUAUGCGGCCUUUAAAUUUAUGUAAACACUUACAAUCGUGCAGUGAUGCAGGCGCCGACGAACGAACGCCGCGUAUAUGUCGCAGUGCACGGAGGAGCAGGAUAUCAUGGGGUUGUGUCAGAACAAAGUGUCAAGAGUGCUUUGAAACGUGCUUGUGCUCGAGCUUUGCGGGGAUCACCAUCAGACAACUCCUCUGCCCUUUCUGUUGUAGAGCGAGCCAUAUCCGUUCUUGAGGAUGAUGAAUACCUCAACGCAGGAUAUGGUUCCAAUCUGACCGUGGACGGCAAUGUCGAAUGUGAUGCAGCUGUCAUGGACGGCUUGUCAGGAGAUUUCGGCAGCGUUGGUGCCGUACCAGGAGUAAAAAAUCCAAUAAAACUGGCAUCGGCAGUGUUGAGGCACUCCAGAGAACCCGACUCUCUUGGGCGCAUCCGCCCCAUGACUCUUGUCGCGUCCGGUGCACACUCGUUUGCAUCGUCGCAAGGUAUCCGGACCGUUGCUCCAAAUGAAAUGAUAUCACCACGAGCGACACAAGAGUGGCAAAAAUGGAAAUCGCGACUGGAUCACCCUGCUGAUGGUCACGGUAAUCAAGAGAGCUUGCCUCAUGAUGCCAUGCAAGACACAGUUGGCGCGGUGGCCUGGGAUGACGAAGGCAAUCUCGCUGCUGGUGUUUCAAGUGGUGGGUUGCUGCUCAAAUACUCAGGUCGUAUUGGUGAAGCAGCUACUUUUGGAACCGGGUGCUGGGCGCAGCAAUCCCUUAACGAACGUUCUGGGAUGGCUUGCAGCAUCUCUGGAGCAGGGGAGCACAUAAUGCGAGGCGGACUGGCCCGUGUGUUGGGCGAAGCGCUACAGUCACCGCAUUCAGACGACAGCGAACUUGAUACACACCACUUGUUGCUUCGAAUACUGAAUCAGCAAUUUGCUGAACCAUUGCGUCAACGAGGGGAUCGGAUGCCAAACGCAGGAGUUUUGCUGUUGACAAAAGAAAAUGGCGACGAUGAAGUUGAAGCAGUGCCAAGGUUAUGGUGCGCGUUCACUACAGAAAGUAUGGCGGUCGCGUACGCAAGCACCACCCAACCCUCACCAAAGGUGUCCAUUUUGCGUCGGCCAGCGUCGACUGGCUCCACCGUAGAUGCAGACAAGCUGUCGGUGUACAUAACUGCACUGCCCAUUCACCGGUAACCUCAUGCAGCCUUCAUGCGGGGGGUAGUAAUUGUGUCAAUGGACACUGUCUUCAUCUAUGUAGAUAACACUUCACGCGGUGCGCCAUGAUCCGAGGGUUACCGGUUACACCCCAUCGUCAUCGGAGACUAGACAUCCCAUUCGGUGGGGUAGGACUUGGACGAGGCGUUGCUGAAUUAUUCAAGUUGGCCAG